UCAGCAGCCGUCUGAUAGACCGGAAUUAAUAGCAAGAGUAUUCGAGCUGAAAAGAAAAAUAUUCAUGAAGACCGUCACUGGACCAGAUGGCUUCUUUGGAAACUGUAUUGCUUUCAUCUUGACUAUGGAAUAUCAGAAGAGAGGCCUGCCUCAUUUCCAUUGUCUGCUUUGGCUUGAUGAAGCGAGUAAGCCAAGACCUCAACAAUAUGAAAGAUUUGUGCAAGCUGAAAUUCCAGACCCACAAGCAGAUCCUGAGCUGCAUAAAUUGGUACUCAAGCACAUGAUCCAUGGACCGUUCUGCAAGGCCACAUCUCGAUGUUGGAAGGAAGGAAGAUGCACCAAGAGAUUCCCAAAGCCAUUUGUCGAAAGCACAAUGUAUGGCGAUGAUUCGUAUCCUCUGUGCAGGAGAAGAUCUCCCGCAAUGGGAGGAUUUCAGGGACAUCAAGAAGGACGUUCUUUCAGACUAUUACUUCUAAUUGGGUUGUGCCCUAUAAUGCAGAACUAUUGAAGGCUUUCAAAUGUCACCUCAACGUCGAAAUAUGCUGCUCUGUACAGUCAAUCAAAUACGUCAUCAAGUACACCUUGAAGGGAUGUGAUCAGGCAGCUUUUGGAAUUAACGUAAAUGACAAGAUUAAACAGUACCAGACUGGCAGAUACAUUGGUCCUUCAGAGGCAGGGGCAUCAGUCCUUGGAUUUCUUACUCAUGAGAGACACCCCCCUGUCAUUCAACUUGAUGUACAUCUACCAGACCAACAACAAGUAUUUUUUGAUGCUGCUCAGCAAGGGAUGAAUGAUGGAAUUGUGAGAACCACUUUGACUGAAUUUGUUCGAUUGAGUUCUGAAGAUCCGUUUGUAAGAACACUAUUGUACGUUGAUGAACCUCGAUUUUAUACAUGGAACAGCAAGAGAUGGCAAAGAAGGAAGGUUGGGAAGAGUGUGGAAUACUUCCCAGGUAUUUUUGAAGUCAACGUUCUUGGAAGAAUACAUGUCAUUUCUCCAAAACUAGGUGACCUCUUCUACAUGAGACUGCUUCUGCAUCACGUGAAAGGACCAGUGUCUUUCGAGUCCUUGAAGACACAUAAUGGAGUAAUUCUUCCUUCCUUCAAAGACGUCUGCAGAGAAAGAGGUUUGUUGGAAGCUGACGACCAUUGGCAACAAACAAUGGAAGAUGCUGAAGUGACAAGACUCCCCAGGGCAAUCAGGGAUUUGUUUGUUGUUCUGCUGACAAAUACUGACAUCAACGAUCCUCUACAAUUAUGGGAUCGCUUCAAGAAUUGCAUGUCUGAGGAUUACCUUGAAAGCGAGCGAAGAAGAAAAAGUGAUCAGAAUAUCACAAUAGAUGACAGACAUCAUGAUCAGGCUCUCUUUUAUAUUCAGGACAAGCUUGAGAAUUGCAACACCACAAUGGAAAUUUUUUCCUUGCCCCGACCAAGAAAUGAAAGGAUGGACAUUGAUGGUGAAAAUUUUGAUUUACUUAAUGAAUUGAAUUACAAUAGAUCAGAACAACAGCGAUUUGUUGAUGAGAAUGAGCCUCUGCUGAAUGCUGAGCAGAGAGAAGUUUAUGACCAUGUGUGCGACUACUUGCAGAGGGAUCUAUCUUCAAUAAUUUUCAUUGACUCACCAGGAGGAACAGGAAAAACAUUUAUCAUAAAUUUGAUCCUCUCCACGGUUAGAGCUCAAGGUCAAAUUGCCAUUGCUGUAGCAUCGUCUGGUAUCGCAGCAACAUUAAUGCCUGGUGGAAGAACUGCACAUUCACGAUUCAAGAUACCUAUCCAUGUGACGGAGGAUUCAACGUGCAACAUCAACAGCAACUCUAAAACAGGAGAUUUCUUCAGGAGAGUGAAGCUCAUUGUUUGGGAUGAGUGUCCAAUGAUUAGGAGGGAGUGCUUUGAAGCGGUGGACAGAACUCUUCAAGAUGUAUGCCGCAAAAAGGAUCAUUUUGGCGGAAUUUUUACCAUUUGUUGUGGUGAUUUUAGACAACUCCUUCCUGUAGUGAAGAUGGGAAGUGAUAUUGAUGUUCAAAACGCCUGCAUCAAGACAUCGUACUUGUGGCGGACUUUCACAAAGUUUGAAUUGAAGAGAAAUAUGCGAUUGAGCGAAGGAAAGGGCGAGUAUUCUAAAUUUUUGUUAGAUGUAGGAGAGGACAAGAUUGCAAAGAAUGAAGACAAUGAAAUUAACAUUCCAGAAGACAUGGUUCUCUCAGCAAGAACACUGGAUGACUGCAUUGAUUAUAUCUAUCCAGCAUUUGACCACCCUGCAACAUUAUUCUCUAACAAUUGUAUCUUGGUUCCUCACAAUGAUACGAUGAGAAGAAUCAAUUCUGCGUGUGUCAGACGCUUCCCUGGAACCAUGAGGGAGUACUAUUCUUUCAAUUCUGUCACUGACGGAACAAAUUCAACUCACUUCCCAACGGAAUUUCUCGAUUCAGUCGAGAUCUGUGGAUUACCACCACACAAAUUGGAGUUGAAGAAAGGAUCUCCAAUUGUUUUAAUCAGAAACUUGCAACCCCCAAAGCUAUGCAAUGGAACGAGGUUGAUUGUAGAACAGCUACACAAUAAUCUCAUAGUUGCUAGAAUCAACAUGGGGGCCUACAAAGAAGAGAUUGUUCUAAUUCCUAGGAUGAAGAUCAAUUUGUCAGAAGAUGAAAACAUUCCCAUUAGGCGGAGCCAAUUCCCUAUUCUGUCGAGUUUUGCGAUGACAAUUCAUAAGGCACAAGGACAAACCAUGGAGAAGGUCUUGCUAUACCUUGAGAAACCAGUAUUUCAACAUGGCCAACUAUAUGUAGCUCUUAGCAGAGGAAAGGUGAAGGAACAAGUAAAAGUGUUCCUGAAGGAUGGGACAUCAACCAGGAAUGUUGUAAUUAAACAAAUGCUUUGUUGAGAAAUGACUGCUGCAUUAAGCGCUCAAAUUUUCCUCAAGUCAAUGAAAGAACGCAAAACUGAAGGCAAAAAGCGAUGCAGGAAGGAACCGAAUGUCCAGAGUUUCGACACUUUUGAUUAUUGCUCCUCAGUUCAACAAGGGAUGUUUAACACAGGAAUCACAUUUCUGCACACAAAAGUUUAAAAUGCUGCCUCAGAAAAAGCUUCAAGGCCACAUUAAGUGACAUGUAAAAUCUUACCAGUUGUAUUUGAUUUUUGGAUAGAAAGUUGCUGGAGCUGUUCUCAUGCUUCACGAUAAAGCUUGCAGAUGAAUUAUUUGCUGCAAGAUAUAAAACUACAGGCUUGCACAUCUAGGGUAUAUGUAUCAGGUACAGUUCAAUUGUUGAGUCAAUUAUUGAGUAAAUGAUGAUUGCCGAGAUAUUGAUGUUUGAGGAUUUGUUGUUGGUAUGACAUUGCGUAUCAAGGUUGUGUGGUUAAUUUCUGCCUUGUAGGAAAUUAUUGUUACCUUUUCUGUUGUUUGACAUGAGUGUUACUUUCCACUUUGGUCUAUUAUCGAGUUAUUUUGUUUGUAAGGAUUGACUGCAUUUUCUCAGGAGUUGCAGUGGAAUUGAAAUUUCUGUAACCAUCAGUGAAAAUCAACUUCAGAUCUUAAGAUGGAUGAAAGGUCAGUAUUUGAAAUUAUUUCGGACCCGUGCAUUGUUUUUUUUUAUCCUUGAUACAAAUUUACUUUAGUUUUAUCAGAAUGCCCUAAUACCAUUCAAAUGCUGCCUUUUUGUCUAGAGCUGUCACUGUCGCCUCAUUUCUGGAUCCGAGAUAUUUAGACUGAACGUCUUUGGGAUCUGUGACAAAUAAAUGAGGACAGUAGGGAACAAGCAACACAACAAGAAAUUGAUAGAAAAUACCGAAAUUGCAGGAGCAAAGAAGUUGCAGGAUGGUCAAUGGACACUGUAAAGAGAUGUUGAGAAGCAGUAUGGAUCAGAAGUGACCAAGAGACAGAACAAGAAAGGACUGAACCUCUUGAGGAGCUUCAAAAAUUAAUGGAAGUUUGCAUGGAACAAGAGACACAACAAUAAGCUUCCAAAUUACAUACAAAAUGAGAUGGGACAAUCGAGUUGCUGGAUGUUCAAGGAACAACACAAAGCAACGUUGAGAAGCAGUAAUGAGCAGAACGGCACAAGAGACGAGAGGAAGUUGCCAAGAUACAGCAAGAUCGGUAUAUGGAGAAUCUUGCUGGUCUGGAAAUCUACCACUCCUCCAUCGGCUGCUGCUUGGCUGGAAGAUGUCAUUUUUUUUUUAAGGUUAGAAAAGAUUAAAUUCACAUUGAGGGGGUCUGUAAAAAAGUUUUAUUUGAAAUGGGAACCCUUUUUAUCAUACUUUGAGGGUCUAAAGGAACUACCUAUUGACUGAGGGCACUUGACAGUAAGUGGGGAUCUGCCUUUAUUCUGUUUUGUUACUUUAUUAUUGUUAAAAAGUGCAUUUGAUUUUGUGAUAUAUUUGGAUUGUGAAAAAAUAAGGUGCCAGGGGGUGUUUAGGGAGGAUGGGUUAGGGUUAUUUUGUUUAUAUUAUUAUUAUUUAUAAAAAACAAAAUGGAGGAAAAUGUAAUGCCAUACAUCAGAUGUAUUGUGAAUUUAUUUAUUUAUUUUUUUCCCUUCAAUAAAAAACUAUUAAUUGAAAAUGCAAAAGUGUUUUUGGUAUGAAAAUGCAAAAGUUUUCUUUGGUUUCAGAAUGAAAAAGUUGCCUUACAUAAUUGAAAAGUUGGUUUGAGAAUGCUGAAGUUGCUUUAUCUAAUUGAAAUGUUGGUUUGAGAAUGCUAAAGUUGCCUUGCCGAAAUGCAAAGUUAGUUUGAAAAUGCUAAUGUUGCCUUGCCAAAAUAAAGUCGGUUUGAGAAUGCUUAAGUUGCCUUACCUAAUUGAAAAUGUGGUUUGAGAAUGCUAAAGUUGCCUUGUCUAAUUGAAAAGUUGGUUUGAGAAUGCUAAAGUUGCCUUGCCUAAUUGAAAAGUUGGUUUGAGAAUGUGAAUGUUGCCUUGCCUAAUUGAAAAGUUGGUUUGAGAAUGCUAAAGUUGCCUUGCCUAAUUGAAAAGUUGGUUUGAGAAUUCUAAAGUAAACUUGCCUAAUUAAAAAGUUGGUUUGUGAACGCAUUGCAUAAUCGAAAAGUUUGUUUGAGAAUGCGAAUGUUGCCUUGCCUAAUUGAAAAGUUGGUUUGAGAAUGCUAAAUAUGCCUUGCCUAAUUGAAAAGUUGGUUUGAGAAUGCGUUGCCUGAUAGAAAAGUUGGUUUGAGAAUGCCUUGCCUAAUUGAAAAGUUGGUUUGUGAAUGCAAGCGUAGCCUUGCCUAAUUGAAAAGUUGGUUUGAGAGUGCUCAAGUUGUCUUGCCUAGUUGGAAAGUUGGUGUGACAAUGCUAAAGUUGCCUUGCCUAAUUGAAAUGAUGAGAAGUUGGUUUGAGAAUCAAAAGUUGCCUUGCUUAAUUCAAAUGUUGAUUUGAGAAUGCUAAAGUUGCCUUGCCUAAAUGAAAAGUUGGAUUGAGAAUGUUAAAGUUGCCAUGCCUAGUUGUAAUUUGGAUUUGAGAGUGUCUUGUCUAAUUGAAAAGAUGGUUUGAGAAUGCCUUGCCUAAUUGCAAUGUUGUUUUGAGAAUGCUAAAAUUGCCUUGCAAAAAUGAAAAGUUGAUUUGAGAAUGCAAAAGGUGCCUUGCCUAAUUAAAAAGUUGGUUUGUGAAUGCCUUGCCUAAUUGAAAAGUUGGUAUGAGAAUGCUAAAGUUGCCUUGCCCAAUUGGAAAGUUGGUUUCAGAAUGCUAAUUAUGCGCUGCCUAAUUGAAAAGUUGAUUUGAGAAUUCUAAAGUUGCCUUGCCUAAUUAAAAAGUUGGUUUGUGAAUGCCUUGCCUAAAUGAAAAUUUGGUUUGAGAAUGCUAAAGUUGCCUUGCCUAAUUAAAAAAUUGGUUUGAGAAUGCUAGUUUUCUUGCCUAAUUUAAAAGUUGAUUUGAGAAUGCCUUGCCUAAUUGAAAAGUUGAUUUGAGAAUGCCUUGCCUAAUAGAAAAGUUGUUUUGAGAAU